AUGGCGCAAGCUGAUAUUAGCAGGGUCGCCGCCGCCGCAGCCUGCCGCAGCGAGUGGCAGAUCGUUCUUUGCAGCGACAUCCCGGUGAACGCCACCAAGCGCCUCGCCGCCUGCUGCAGCGCAAACAGGCCGCUGCCGGCGGCCGCGGCGGCGAUGGUCUAUGCGGCGGCGCUGCAGCAGAAGGGUGCGGCGCAAGAGGUGUCCCGCCCAGAUCUGGCGGUGAUGGAGGCGGGCGGGCCGUUCAGCGGUGCCAUCGACUGGCGCUUUGGCGAGUGCCUGACAGCUGCGUCGGCGGAUGUCCCAGUGUUUACACAAGACGAAGCUGGUGGCACGCAAGUGAAGGUUGUCUCGCAGCAGGUGCCGCCCCUGACUCGCGACCUGAUACGAGCUGUCAAGCGGAAAGCCCUGGAGCUUUCCACCCCCCCACACCGCAACCGCGUGGCGGCUCUGCAGAGCGGCGGCAGCGAGAGUAGCAGCGGCGACAGCGGGUCUGGCGCCAGCAAAGGGAAAUCCAGUGGCACUGGGGCGGCGCCCUUUGCGCAUCCUGGCGGCUACGCGGGUGCGGGAGAGCUUGGAACUCUGCAGUGGAGGCUGGAGCAGCAGGCGCCCCUUCAGGCGGCGGCUCGCGACAGUCUGUUGACGGGCCGUUGGGUGCCGCGCAACGUGAAGGGCAGCAGCGGCUGGCACCCGCCAACAGACACGCCGGCGGAGGGCUACGGCGGCCCUUAUCCGAUGGAGGUGCUGCGUGUGGACAUUGGCGGCAUCAUUGCCAACACCUCCACCUGCCCGGCCGCCUACCCCACUGGCGCGCCCCUGGCUCAGUGCGGCCACACUGCAUUUGUCGAGCUUGAUGGAACCAUGGCGUACAAAUCAGCGCUCGCCUACGUCGCGACCGGCGAUGCACGGCACGCCGCCCAGGCAGCCGCCAUUCUCACAGCUUGGAGCACCAAAAAUCGUGAAUUUGGGGUGAAGACGACCAAUGGGCCGCUCGAGGCGGCGUGGGGCUGCGCGGCAAUGUCCAGGGCGAUGGAGGUGCUGCGCGCGUCGUGGCCAGGGUUCCGGCAGUCGGACCUGAGCGCGUUUGUGGCGUGGGCGAACGCGCGGCUCAUGCCAAACGUCGACUAUUUUGCAUAUGUCAUGUCGGCCUACCCAAAGGGCUCGGACACGCGCAAGCUGAUGUACGGCAACUGGCAUGCCGCCUGCGCCGACUGCAUGGUCGCGCUUGGUGUGCUGUCGGACGACAGGGCGCGGUACGACAAGGGCGUCGAGCUGUACCGCGCCACAGUGAACUCCUACCUCAAGUGGGGCCGCGGCGAAUACGCGGCCGGACGGAUUCUUGGGGAAUCCACUGAGACUUUCAGAGACAUAUACCACACGCUGUUUGGCCUGGGCAGCCUGGUGCAGGCGGCCGAGGCAGCGUGGGCGCAAGAUACGGACGAGUACGGGGCGAACGGCUACGCUCUGGCAUCGGCGCUGGAGUUGCACGCGCGCAUCGUGAACGCGUGGGACAAGCGCGACGCGUCCAUGCUGCCCGGCGGCUUCAAGCUCUUCUCGUCAAUGCCCGCCGCGCCUGCGGGGUGCGCGUGGCGGUGGGGGCCGGAGACGCAGCGGUGGGCGUCUUUCAACGCGACGAGCGGGGCCAAGUGCUCCGACCUGGCGGGCGGGGCCAAGUACGUCCUUGGUGCCAAGUGA